CGAGGUGACAGGACAGAAUCUGGGAGGGCCGCUGCCUGCUACUAUUGGUGACCUGGUGGAUCUAUCGCACCUUGAUUUGGAUUCAAACGGCAUCACGGGCGCCAUCCCAUCCACCAUUGGCCAGCUCACUGCCCUCACCUGGUUCUCCAUGUGCUGCAACAGCCUCACGGGCAGCUUACCAGCGACCAUGAGCGACAUGGUUGCCUUGAAAGACGUUUCUCUCUUCUCCAACCAGCUUACAGGGGAGCUUCCCACGAUCAGCGUCCUUCCAAACCUAGAAAUAUG